AUGGAUGCGAAGCUGUCUAUAGACCUGGAUGUGUGGAAGCGGAGGAAGCAGAGCUUGGAAGCGUUAAUCGGGGACAGCCCGAGCCAGCAACAAGAGAAUCCUGAGAAAAUUAUGGAUCAUCAGCUAUACUCAGCUGCAAAGGAAGGGGACGUCGACAAAUUAAUCAAAGCCCUGAAGGAUCAUUGUGCCAAGGAAGGAGUGACGUUGCCCAUGAAUGCUCGAAUUUUCACACUCCAAUUUACCCAACAACAACGGAAAACAGAGAGUGAAGAUAUUGUCAGAGCGAUCAUCGAUUUUGUCCCUGAGGUCUUGAUUUCCGCGACAAACUCGAGAGGAGAGACACCACUGCUGAUUGCGGCUAGAGCUGGGAAAACCAAUGUGGUGGAGCUUCUCCUUCCCCAGGGUGCCAGCCAAACGCACCCCAAGUCUCCAUUGUGUGUGGCAGUCGAAACAGGGGACUUGGAGGUUCUCAAGUGCUUGUUGGAAGCGCCAAAUGAGGGUGAAGAGCAGAGGAUAUUAGAGUCUUCAGGGAAUUUUGGCAUGUCACCCGCUCAUGUCGCCAUUAUGUACCAGAAAAAAGAUAUGCUGACAGAGAUGUGGGACAAGAAGCCAUGGCUACUUCAAUUGAGAGAUGCGGAAUCCAGAAAUCCACUCCAUUUCGCAGCAUGCACAAAUUAUCUCGAUGGAGUCAAGUUCUUGAUUGAGAAGUUCCCAACAAGUGCCCUGCAACAAGAUAGAACGGACGGCUAUCUUCCGUUUCAUGUUGCUUGCAUGAUGGAUCACGUUAGGAUUGUUGAGGAGCUACUUCAGCAAUGGCCAGACCGAGCGGAGUUUCCAUCUAAGCAACAACAAAACAUUUUUCACGUGUCAACGAGGCACGGAAGCAUUUCGACUAUCAGACACAUAUUGGAAAACCCCAAAUUCGAUCACCUCAUAAAUGCAAGAGAUCUCGACAUGAAUACUAUGUUGGAUUUCAUGAAUUAUGUAUAG